AUUUUAAAAUGGUGGCUGACUAAGCGGACCAUUGUUAGAGUUUCAACGGAAACAUGCACAUUGAUCGUGAUGCAAUAUUAUGCAAAUGACCCAAGGGGAAAGUUGUUGUUCCUCCGUCUCUGUUAAUUAAUAAUGUAACGCUGUAUGUCAGCCGCUGUAAGCAAAAUUGAUUGGUCUGGCGAUCUUCUUCUUGUUCGCUUAUCGCUGCGUUUUUCUUCAGUCUGAAGAACACAGAGGAACAACCCCAGGUAUCAGACACAAGUUUCAUGGAGUUAACUUGGCAUUGUAGAUUUUGACAUUAACAAGCAAACACAAAAAGGAGAUACGUUGUGCCGAUUUUUAACGACUUCAGAAGAACUGUUUGGUAACCCCUGUGUAAUUUUCCUUGUCCACCGCUGUAUUUAGAAGCUAUACUCUAAGUAGAACAAGAGAGAUGUUGCAGCCUGUGUAAUCUGGUACAUGUCUUGAUGACAUCCUUACCAGGAAGUCUUGGUUGGCCUGUCACUGGUGACAAAACACUUGAGUUUGCCAGAAACCCAGCAGAAUUCAUCCAACGCAAUAUUAAAACAUGUAACUCAAGGGUUUUUCAAGUACGAGCACUGAACAAACCUCAUGUACUUGUUGCUUCAAAUCAAGGAGUCAAGGAAAUUCUAGAAGAUAAGGAUGGUGUGCUUGACAUGGGCUACAAAGAUUUUGGAUAUAUGUAUAGUUUAUAUGGAGACUUAGUAAUUUUUAACAGUGAUGAUGAAGCUAUACGGCUAAGAAACAUUCUUCACAAUGUCUUUCGGCCUGAAGAAGUGACCCGUUACAUGGGUGAUGUGGAAGUUGUGUCCUCAAGAUUAUUGAAUAGUAUUGAAGACAAUGGCAUUGUUAUUCCAUAUAAGCUGUUCAAGAAGCUCACAACUGAGGUAUGCUUGCGAUUAUUCCUGGGACUGGAAAUGGAAACUGCCAAAAAGGAAGCAGAAUCUGUUGCUGAGCUCACAAUAACUCACUGGCAUGGGCUUAUUUCUGUUCCAGUGACUUUUAAUGUUUAUGGUUAUAAAUCAGGAUAUAGUAAGGCAAUGGUAGCAAAGAACAAUCUGUUGACAAUUGUCAGUAGACGUCUCUCAGAGGAAAAGAAUGGGUUCAUAAAUGUUAUGAGAAAAUCAGAAUUUAAAUCCAUGACUGAAAUGGCAAAUCACAUUUUGUUAUUUGUGUCAGCUCUGGUUCCCAAAGCAUUGGCUUCCCUCAUGACCUCCUUUUGCAUUGAGCUUGCCAAGCCUGAGAAUCUUGAGAAGAGAAUCAAAGCAGCCAAGGAUGAUAGGUAUCUGGAAAAUGUGCUUUUAGAGAUAAAACGACUUUGGCCACCCUUUCUUGGUGGACGAAGACUAGCAAAACAGGAAGUCAUAAUAGAUGGUUAUAAAGUUCCAGCAGGUCACUAUGUGGGAAUUCUCACAAGAGCAGCAAACUGUGAUCCAAAAAUAUUUCCUGAAGCUGAAAAGUUUUUACCUGAAAGAUGGGACACUUGUAACCAGUUAGACAGGGAUCGAGUGUGGACAUUUGGCUCAGGUCCUCGGAUGUGCAUAGGGCAUAAGUUUAUUCACAAGAUUAUUAAGCUUCUUGCAAAACAUCUUCUCCAGUCAUACGAGUGGGAACUGGUACCCGGUCAAGAUUUGACAUACAAAUGGCUUCCUGUGUCACGCCCCAAGAACGAUGUGCAAGUUGUGUUUACGAAGAUUGCGUUAUGAAAUUGGAUUGCCUGGUAACAUUUUAUUCAAAUUUUUAAUUUUUUUGCAAAGGUUUUUACUAAAUACUACUUUUCUCAACUGAUUCCAAACUUCUUUUUAACACGAGUGAAAUAUAUUUUUUUCCUUUUAAAAAUGGAUGUAACAUAAGUAACGAAAGUAUUAAUCAAGUGUUUUGGACAAAUUAUAAUGAGUAUUGUAAUCAUUAGAGCCUUUCAGUAAUAAAUGCGCUGUUGAAUUUCA